AUGAUCCUUUCAUUGUUGCUCCUCCCGAGCCUUGCGCUCUCUGCCUUGGGACAGGGAUUUACCCAUGCUCCAGUCAUCACCAACAACCCACCCACCACCUAUACUGCAACAUUGUUUGAUAACCCUUCUACUACAGUCCGCGGCAAUGUCACGGCGAGCGGUGCCCCGGAUGGUGUUGGCUUAGUUUUCCGUGUAAAUUUCACCGGGCUACCUGCUAAUAUUGGACCUUUCCCUUAUCACGUUCAUGUCAGUCCUGUCCCUGCAAACGGUAAUUGCAGUGCCGCUGGGGAGCAUUUGGACCCCUUCAAUCGCGGUGAACAACCUCCUUGUGACCCAAGUGAUCCUGCCACUUGCCAAGUUGGUGACCUUAGUGGGAAGCAUGGCUUUGCUACCGGAACUAGUUUCUUUGCCGAGUAUACAGACCUCUACCUGUCUACUGAUCCCGGCAGCAAUGCUUUCAUUGGUGAUAGGUCCGUCGUCAUCCAUAAUGCUAGCGGUACGCGCCUGAACUGCGGAAACUUUCAGCUCGUAUCAGGUGUACAGGCGACAGUGGCUCGAUUGAAUGUCGCAACGAGGGGGGGAUCGAGUUCUACAACGACUCACACAUCUACCCGCACGUCCAGCACUCGUGUGUACACUCGCACGUCUAGUACCCGUCCAACCUCGACCAGGACAUCGAGCACUCGUCCAACCACCCACACUUCCAGUACUCGCCCAACCACCCACACUUCUAGUACUCGCUCAACAACCAGGACAACGACCGCUCGUUCCGUCCCUACACAGCCCCCUACGUUCACCACUCAGCCCCGUACCAGCACCAGAUCCUGA